GCCGGCUGCACGACGACUACUCCCGCCGCGCCGCCGCCGCCGCCGCCGGCCCCCCGGCCCGGGAGCUGUCGGACAGGGGCUCCGGUGCGGCGGGACCGGGCGACCGGCCUCCCGUGGAGCCCGAGCCCCCUCUCGGUCCUCCCAGGCCCACCGCGCCCAAGCCCCCCAGCCCUCGGAGCCCCGAGCCAGCAAGUGCCGCGUGUCGCAGCAGUGCCAGCGCGCUGUCCCUGAGUUCAGCGGACAGCGAGGAGGGGGCAGAGGGGCCCGCCCAGGGGGAGAAGGGCCCCCGGUGCUUGCAGGACGCGGGGCACGCCACCUGCGACCCAGGCGCUGAGGACAGCCGCGCCAGCAGCCACCUGCAGCCCGGCCUCGGAGGGGCGGACGGCCCAGAGGAAAAGACGGAGGAGGUUGUGACCGAGGGGUCCUGGAGGCCAGCCUCACCACCACCACUGGAGGAAGAACGGCCCGAGGCUCAGAGGGUCCCCAGGAGGAGAUGGGGAUCCGGCAGGAGGGCGCGGCCCCGACCACUCUCCGACUACGGCCAGCUGGUCAGCCGGAGUCUGUCCAUCCCUGAGGACUCGAUCGCCGCAGACCCCCAGAAGGAGUGCGCCGGGGACGGCGACCACCCGCCCAGUGUGGCCCCCACCGACCCUGCAGACCAGGCUCCUGCCGGGGGCUGCCCCCGGGCCCUGAGAAGACGCCCCAUCUCCGUGAUCGGCGGGGUCGGCUUCUAUGGGAGCAGCCAGGCGGAGGAGGGCGAGGCCCUGCUGCCCCAACCAGCCUGCCGGCCGCCAGUGCCCGCGCACCAAGUGCCACCCUACCGCGCCGUGUCGGCCCGGCUGCGGCCGUGCGCCUUCUCCCAGAGCACUCCCAUCGGGCUGGACCGCGUGGGACGCCGGCGGCUCAUGAGAGCGUCCAACAUUUCUUCAGAUGGCGGUGGGGAGUCGUCCGCCCUAGCGGAUGACAACGGCAGCGAGGAGGACUACGGCUAUGGAGACCUCUGCCGGGCCAACCCCCGGUACCUGCAGCCGGGCGGGGAGCAGCUGGCCAUCAACGAGCUGAUCAGCGAUGGCAGCGUGGUCUGCGCCGAGGCCCUGUGGGACCACGUGACCAUGGAUGAGCAGGAGCUGGGCUUCAAGGCGGGGGACGUCAUCCAGGUCCUGGAAGCCUCCCACAAGGCCUGGUGGUGGGGCCGCAGCGGGGACAGGGAGGCCUGGUUCCCCGCCAGCUUCGUCCGACUGCGGGUCAACCAGGAGGAGCCGCCGGAGGGCUCCAGCGGCACCCCGGGCGCGGCGCCGGAGGAGCGCCCCGAGAGCAAGCAGCAGAUGCGGACCAACGUGAUCCGGGAGAUCAUGGACACCGAGCGGGUGUACAUCAAGCACCUCCGGGACAUCUGCGAGGGCUACAUUCGGCAGUGUCGCAAGCACACCGCAAUGUUCACGGUCGCUCAGCUCGCCACCAUUUUUGGAAACAUUGAAGAUAUUUACAAAUUCCAAAGAAAGUUCCUGAAAGACCUUGAGAAACAGUACAAUAAAGAGGAACCUCAUCUGAGUGAAAUAGGAUCCUGCUUUCUUCAGCAUCAAGCGGGCUUCGCCAUCUACUCCGAGUACUGCAACAACCACCCGGGCGCCUGUGCGGAGCUGGCGGGCCUGAUGCAGCAGGGUCGCUACCGCCACUUCUUCGAGGCCUGCCGCCUGCUGCAGCAGAUGAUGGACAUCGCCAUCGACGGCUUCCUGCUGACGCCCGUGCAGAAGAUCUGCAAGUACCCGCUGCAGCUGGCCGAGCUGCUCAAGUACACCACGCAGGAGCACGGCGAUUACAGCAACAUAAAGGCAGCGUACGAGGCCAUGAAGAAUGUCGCCUGUUUGAUCAAUGAGCGGAAGCGCAAGCUGGAGAGCAUAGACAAGAUAGCGCGGUGGCAGGUGUCCAUCGUGGGCUGGGAGGGGCAGGACAUCCUCGAGCGCAGCUCGGAGCUGAUCCACUCCGGGGAGCUGACCAGGGUCACCCGGCAGGGCAAGAGCCAGCAGCGGACCUUCUUCCUGUUUGACCACCAGCUGGUGGCCUGCAAGAAGGACCUGCUGCGGAGGGACGUGCUCUACUACCGCGGCCGCACGGACAUGGACGCCGUGGAGCUCGUGGACCUGGAGGACGGCGCCCGCACCCCUGGCGUCAGGAACGCCUUCAAGCUGGUCAGCAGGAUGGGCGACGAGGUGCACCUGUUCUGUGCCAAGAAGCCCGAGGACAAGACACGGUGGCUGCAGGCCUGCAGGGACGAGCGGAGGCGGGUGCAGGAGGACCGGGCCAUGGGAAUGGAAAUUUCAGAACAUCAGAAGAAACUCGCCAUGUUAAAUGCUCAAAAGGCAGGACACGGAAAGUCAAAAGGUAAGCUACGGCGGCGGAGGAUGCCCCGCGGCGCCCCCGCUCCAGAGCCUGCGGCCGGUGCACCAGCGCCACGUCACGGUGCCGGCCAGCCUGCCGCAGCAGCAGGUGUUCGCCCUGGCGGAGCCCAAGAGGAAGCCGUCGCUGUUCUGGCACACCUUCCACAAGCUCACCCCCUUCAGGAAGUGACGGGGGCCCUGUGCCGAGGGGUCUCCUCCACACGUGGUGCAGGGACCCGGUGCUGAAGGCCCCUCCUGGGACGCAGUGAGGACCCGCCUCGCCUGCGGCCGCAGGGGCCCGGCUGCCCCCUCAGGGCACACGGCUCCGGGGGCCCCCGGACGCCCCCGCGCCCCCACAGAGGCGGCCGAGGCCUGGGGACCCGCGUGGGCUCCGAGGUGAUGCCGGACGGGGACCCGGGAGCGUCGCUGAGGAUGAGCUGCGGGCCGGGCACCGGGCGGGCUGAGGGCGGUCCGCUCCCGAGGAGGGUGGUCGGGGUCACUCUGCCUUCGAUCUUGAAGGGCAUGGGAGUGCUGGGGUGGUCCCUCUCGUCCGUGGUGUCGGGGGCCCUGGCAUCCACCCAGUUGCCAGACCGUGGGGCCGGCCUCUCCCGCAGGCUCCCCCGCCACGGGCCUCCGCACGUGGUCCAGGGUCCGAGGUGCGCAGAGACCCACCCGCUCCAAAGACGCCGCGGCUUCAGGGAGGCGGGGAGCCCGCUGCUGGCUGUGCACACGUGUCCCCGCCCGCGUGUGACUCCCUGAGCAGAAACCUGAGAACCUUCACACACGUGCAUUUGCAACUAGAGAAAAACCAGUUUCCUUUUGUCUGAUGAUGACGUGGACGUGCAGACAUCCCAGUGGAAACAUGUCCUUAAAGAGCAUCCCUGGGCCUGUUCCUCCCUUUGCCCCGUCCUCGACGAUUAUGUGACAGUGAUACGUACCUUCUUCCACGAAGAACACACGAGGCUCAAAGUUCCCGCUCCCUCCGCAUCUGAAGCCCACUUUGUCCCAUACCCCCCAGGCGCUCACGCCAGCCGUGCUGUGACCAGCACGUCCACAGGUCUCUGAAGAUCCGCUCCUCAUGAGAGAGACCUAGCUGAGUAGGUGCGGACUCAGAGCCGGCUCCUCUAGUGAAGGCCACGCAGCCGACACCUGCGGCCGUGACCUCCCUGCCUUUGUCUAGAUUCUAAAUUUUGAUGAAAAUACUUUUACACAAGCCGGGAGGGAACGGGCUCCGCCAGAGGGACGCCUUCCCGUGGCCUCGUGCAGCAGGCAGGGGCCCGCUACGCACCCUUUGGUUUUCCACUUGAGAAUCCCUUCUUGGUGUUGAGGCCUCGGAAGUUCUCUUUUCUUCCAGGCCCCUGCUUGAGAGUGAGUACACCUGUACUGUCCUAACAGAGGGGACGCCUGAGCUUCCAGCGGUGGCCCCUCCUUCCCACUCCCAGAGCAGUUCCCCAGGGAGAUGACGUGGACGGGGCUGCCUCUGGGGACCUUGGGGCCCCGGGUCCAGGACGGAGGCUGCGUCUGUGAGGAAGCGUCUCAGGAGGUGCUGUGGGUCCGUGUGAGCGUGUGUGCGUGCGUGCGUGCGUGUGUGUCCUCUUUGAAUAGACUUCUCAAUUUUAGUUGCAUUUGUAUAACUGACCUUUUUACUAACAAGAUAUAAUGAUAUAUUUUGAAGACCGUACUUAAUAUGCUUUUCGUGGGCCCCCUCAGCGAACACUGUAGGGCCUCUGUGCUAAAUAGAGUUGUUUGUGUAUACGGCCGUUGUGAACAGUUGGGUUGCUUGUUUGUUUUUUUUUUUUUUAAUAAAAGAGAAUUACUUUGAGGA